AUGCGGUUCAAGGGGCUCAGGGUUGUGGGCUUUAAGGGGGUGCGAGAAGCGUUUCCUGCAGCCAAUGUGAUGGCGGGGAACACGGAGGUCGGCGUGGAGAUGCGGUUCAAGGGGCUCAGCCCUUCAGCCUACAUCCACGUGGCAGCCAUCCCUGCACUUUCAGAAAUCAGCCAAUCAGAGCACGGCAUCACCGUGGGUGCAGCAGCCUCCCUGUCCGCCCUGCGCCAAGCCAUGCUAUCAGCAGUGCAGCGCAUGCCACCUGACCAGACCCCUGUGUGUGCGGCUAUAGCGGAGCAGCUGAGGUGGUUCGCUGGAGUGCAGAUUCGCAACGUGGCAACGCUAGCUGGUAACAUUGUAACAGCCAGCCCCAUAUCCGACCUCAACCCCAUCCUCAUCGCUGCCAACGCGACGUUCCACCUCGCCAGGCUGGCACCCAAGGCCGCUAACGGGGCAGAUGCUGGCGUGGCAGCAAGUGCUGACGUGGACAAGGCUGAGCGAUCCUCCCGUCCAAUCGAGCUACGACAGGUGGCAGCACGGGAUUUCUUCAAGGGGUAUCGGAAGGUGGAUCUCAGAGAGGGGGAGGUUCUCACAGCCGUGUUUAUUCCAUGGACUCGUCCCAACGAGCACAUAGUGGCAUACAAGCAGGCACACCGCAAGGACGACGAUAUCGCCCUCGUGAAUGCUGCCCUGCGCGUGCUGCUCUUGCCGCCCUCUCCAGACGCCCCUCCUACUGUCCUCGACUGCUCGCUCGUGUUUGGCGGCGUGGCAGCAACAACCGUAUCAGCCCACCGCACGCAGCAACACCUGCUCGGCCGCCCGUGGACUCAGGAAACCCUUCAGGUGGCCCUUCAGGUGCUUCAGGAGGAGAUAUCCAUACCUGAGAACGCACCUGGGGGCAUGCCAGAGUUCAGGGGCUCCCUCAUUCUCUCGUUCUUCUUCAAGUUCUUUCUGCUCGUCGCUCACCGUGUGAACGGGCAUACUCAGCAGCAGCUGCUGCGAGGGCAAAUGGGGACGGGAGCAGAGGGAGGGGCAGGGGCAGAGGGCGGGGCAGGGGCAGAGGGAGGGGCAGGAGCAGACUCGGAAGGAGAGAAGAGCAUCCUCACAGCCACUGGCACCACAUCUAACGCCACCACAACCAACGCCAGCAGCAGCAACGAUGCAGCUUCUGUGUGGCCGCCCCCCUCCUACCUGUCCACCCUGGACUCUCUCCCUCGCCCCUAUCCCCGUGGCAUGCAAGCUUGGGAGGCACGGCCUUUAGCGGAGGGGGCUGCUACUGGCUCUGCUACUAAGGGAGGGAAGGAGGACGCAGGGGCGGUGGUGGGAGUGCCGGCCGUUCACCUCUCUGCUGACUUGCAAGUGACAGGGGAGGCAGAAUACGCAGACGACACGCCCCUCCCACCUUCCGCGCUGCACGGGGCUCUAGUCCUCAGCACGCGCCCGCAUGCCCGCAUUCUCUCAAUUGACCAAUCAGAGGCCGCCACCUGUUCAGGCUUUGUGGGGAUGUUUGGAGCCAAGGACGUGCCUGGUAGCAACCGGUUUGGUGCGGUGGAGCACAAUGAGGAGGUGUUUGCGUCAGAGAUUGUGCACUGUGUGGGACAGAUCAUUGCAGUGGUUGUUGCCGAUACGCACGACAACGCUCGGGCAGCUGCAAAAAAGGUCAAAGUGGUGUAUGAGGAUCUGCCCGCCAUUCUCACCAUCCAGGAAGCCCUCGCUUCGGGCAGCUUCCACAAAUUUCCCUUCUCGGGCGGGCAGACCGAACGAAACCUCUUCAGGGUCCCAAACCCCCUUGGAAAUACUGAUCGCAGCAGCAACAAGGAAACUGACCAGAGCAACAGUGAAGAGAACAAGGCGGGAAGCACGGAAGAGAGCAGCAAAAACAACUCCUCAGAGGCCGAUCCAACAAGCUUCCAAGCUCUUGCCGCCCGGACCGGGUCCUCCGCCUCCCCUGCUGACGUGGAAUCCGUCCUCGCUGACGUGUCCCAAUGCCCAUUGGUCGCCGAAGGCGAGGUGGCAAUGGGGGGGCAGGAGCACUUCUAUCUCGAACCCAACACCUGCGUGGUCUGGCCUGUGGACGGGGGGAGGGAAGUCCAUAUGGUGUGCUCUACCCAAGCCCCCACACACCACCAGAAGGACGUUGCUUCUGUGCUGGGGAUUCCCAUGCACAGGGUUGUUUCGAGGGUUAAGAGGCUGGGAGGGGGGUUUGGGGGGAAGGAGACGAGGAGUGUGCUGGUGGCGGCAGCGGCGUGUGUUCCGGCGUGGCGGUUGAAUAGGGCUGUGAGGGUUACUUUGGAUAGGGACGAUGAUAUGAAGGUCACGGGGCAGCGACACCCCUUCUACGGCAAAUACAAGGUGGGCUUCACACCCUCAGGUCGUCUCGUCGCCCUUCAAAUCCAACUAGUCUCCAAUGCCGGCUGCACUCUCGAUCUCUCAGCCGCCGUCCUAGAACGGGCGCUCUUCCACUGCGACUCGGUUUACUCUCUGCCUCACAUGCACGCGCGGGGGCGCAUGGCUCGCACGCACCUGCCGUCCAACACGGCGUUCCGGGGGUUUGGCGGGCCGCAGGGGAUGAUGGUGAUGGAGAGUGUGAUCGACCACGUGGCGAGGACCCUCGGGAAGAGCGCUGAAGAAAUCAGG